AUGGCUCUCAUGGCUGAUGUUUGCAGCGUGAUGCAAGCUAAGAUGCUCCCUGUGAAGGGUUUAGGGUUUAAUCAUUCUGGCUCACAGAUUUUCAGUAAUCUGAGCUUCGGAAACAAUGCGCCGACAUCCCUGCCCUGUUUAUCUUUGAGGAAAGAAAAACAGCAAUACUCCAAUUAUAACCACAAUGUUAUCCGCAUAUUUACACAACAACAGUUGUCUCAGUGGAGACUCUUGUUGGCCCCAAAAGGCGAAAUCGGAGAGGUCUGCCAUAUUGUGCUUGAUCACGGUGGCAGUUUUAGUUUCAAGGAAGGCCAAUAUCUUUUAGUACAUUUUCAAUCGAUCAAACGCUAUUUCUCGAUUGCAUCAGGUAGCAGUGGAGAUACUUUUGAUGGCAAGACACUCAGUCUAUGCGUUCGUCGUGCCGAACUGUCGCCAGACAGUGUCAGUAACUUCCUCUGUAAUGUUAAAGCUGGAGACACAGUUGACAUUUCAGGUCCUUUUGGUGGACAAAUGGUAUUUGACGAAGAAAGGAAAAUGCAUUCUAAACAUAUCAUGGUUGCAACGGCAACUGGUGUUGCCCCUUUCCGCAGUAAUAUCCAAGGCAUAUUUUUAUCUAACAUACUAGGAAAUACUGAUAAUAUCUGGUUGAUCUCCGGGGCUGACAACUAUAACAGCCUUUUAUACGACAAGGAAUUCAUUCAAGUUCAAAAUAACAAUAGUGAUCGCUUCAGAUAUCAGAGGGCCUUGAAUAACUCUGUGGAUGAUGUCAUCUACCAAAGCGGCGAUGAAAUUUUCAAACUUUUGGAAACUGGUGCAUAUAUAUAUAUCGCUGGAUCAAAUACCAUGCUACCUGGAAUUAAGGCAACAUUCGCCAAGAUUGCUCAAGAAAGAGGUGUGGAUUGGGAUGAAAUGCUAAGAGAGCUGCAGAGCACUAAUCACUGGCGUGUUGAAGUUUACUAGCUAGCUAGAUAACUUAAAUCCAAUGGUUUUAUGUUAAAAUUGGUGGCAGUGACAUUCAGUAUUAUUAAUGUCUUUUUAUCUAAUAUCGUUUAAAUAAUAAAUGCCAUCUACAUCCGCCUUAUUUGCAAA